GAGUGGCAAUAUACCCACCUAUCCUCCAUUUCCAAAUCCAGCACCACUGCAGGUGCCUCCACACUCUCCUAGUCCAAGCAGUCCUAAAAGUCCCUAUGAGAAUGUCAGUCCUUCACAUCUUAAUUAUCCAAUGCCACAAAGCCCUCGAACGAGGAUCAAGACCAUUGUUGGAAAAGAACGGUCAGAGCGUAUUGAAAGACUGGAAAGAAGAGACAAUUAUGAAAUACAAGAAAACAGAAUGGCAGUUUCUGAUUACCAAGUAAGUGAUGGUAAGAAAACUAAAAGUCCAAGAAUGUUACGAGAAAGUGCAAAAAACAAGGAAAACCUUAGUCCACAUACACAAUGUGAUUCAUCCAGCUCACUUGAAGUUGCAGCUCCUCCUAAGCCACCCAGAUCACCAAGAAUAGAAAGAUCUGUUCUUAGUGAUUCUCCUACAGUGAAUAAGAUGAACAUUGGUGUGAGUUCAAUGUCACCAACCCAAGGGAGUUCAAAUGGGGAAGGAACAACGUCUACAAGUUUUGAUGGAACAUCUGAUUAUGAAAAUGAUCUGAGAUCAGUGCACAGUGAUCUGAACAAUUCAUUCAUGAAGGAUUUGAAAGUGAAAGUGACAGACUCCAGUGUCUUAACUAGUCUUGAAGAUAACUUAGUUACUAAUUUGUCAGAUGCUGAAGGAACAGUUGCUAUUGUUGAUGGCGAAGGAAAGUGUAGCAAUAAAGUGUUUGAGGAUUAUGCCAUCAGGAACAUACAGGACACAUUCAAUAUUGAUGACGUGCCAGGGGAGAUUGACCGUCUGAAAGAACUCAAGAAUGAGGCUAUGCAAUCUGUGACGGACCUGAAGCGCAGCGUUUCAGAGCUUGAGAUGACUGAAGAUGAAGCACUAAGAGAGCUGGAAGUGGAAAGAGCUUUAUUAGAAGGGGAACUGGUUCCUCUUCGUGAAAAGCUUCUGGCAGAUGAAGAGCGCCUGGAGAUGCUUCUACAGCAAAGUAGUGCUCUUGAGGAAAAGUGUCAACAGGAAAGAUCCCACCAUCAACAGGCUAUUGAGGCGUGUCAGACCCGACUUGAGCAAGCUGAAAGAGAGUUAGAUAUGUUAGAGGGCAGAAGUGAGAAUUUCACAGGAACAACAGAUGAAGAAACGGAGAUGCUUGAGACUCUGAAGGCCCAACAUGAAGCUGUUGAAGCGGAAAGAAAGGUUGCAGAGCAAAGGGAAAGAAUUGCUGCAAGAGAAGUUAAAAUUGGAGAGUUAGAAAAUCACAUGAUGGACAUGACAGCAACAGUCAGACUAGAAACAGAAAUACUAGAGAGGGAACGUCAAAAUCUCCUCUCCAAGAUUGCAAAGGAGCGAGGACGUCUGACUGUUGCAGACCGCCGUCUUGGAGAACUGAUACGCUUAGGCCUCACACCCACCAAUGGCCAAUGUUCACCUGCUUGCUCGUCUGACACAGAAGAGAGUGGUGCUCCAGAGUUAGUUGAACGUCUUGCUAGAUUGCAAUUUCUUGACAGAUCACAGGAAGAUUUGGACAGAAUACAUCAGGUUACUUCAGCAACCCCACUUGGCUGCAAUGACGGUACUCUUGGCCGCAAAACCUCUGCAACACUCAUGGAGAUCGAGCGUAACCGUCAGAUCCUACUGGCAAAACAAGGAACAAUGGUCAUAGAAAAUGAACGACGGCGAGUUGAAGAACUUAAGCGAAGAGUUGCAGAUGAAGUGAAGGCACAAUGGGAGGAAAAAAAAGCAAAAGAGCAAAGAGAUAUAAAUUGUGCUUCUUUGAACAGUGUUGGCUCUGAAGAUUCAUCCCUGACAUCCUCUGAUCUUCAUACCGAAAGUUUAUCAAGUGACGACGUCCUGGAGAAGCGGAGCAGUGGCGAGAGCGUGGGCCGGGACAUGCCACAGGUCAAGCAGCGACCUCUAACAAGAUAUCUGCCAGUCCGAAGUGAACAGCACUUUGAUCUCAAGCAACAUAUCGAAUCAGCAGGUCAUCAGAUUGAACUUUGCCCCUAUAUUUUUGUCUCUGCAACUGCAUGUCGAGGUUAUCUCCACAAAUUGGGAUCAAAGUUUCGUACAUGGCAGAAAAGAUGGUUUGUAUUUGACCGCUCAAAGAGGGCACUUAUGUACUACAGUGACAAGAGUGAGAAUAAACCAAGAGGUGGAGUUUACUUCCAGGCAAUAGAAGAAGUAUAUGUAGACCAUCUACAUUCAGUAAAGUCACCAAAUCCGAAGUUAACCUUCUGUGUGAAGACCUUUGAACGCACCUUCCAUCUAAUGGCCCCCUCUCCUGAGGCAAUGCGCAUUUGGGUUGAUGUCAUCUUCACUGGAGCUGAAGGUUACCAAGAGUUCCAAGGAGGCACUUGAGGAGAUUUAUUUAUACUAUGGCAUAGUAUGAAAAUGAAUUAGCUUUGUUAUCCUCUCUGCUUGUAUGCAUAUUUUCAUAAGAUUUUGGAUGUCUUAAGACUAAUGAAGUACUGAAUUAUCAAUUUGUAUUCCAGAAGAAAAAACUUUAAAACCUUUUGAAUUUUUUGAUGUGCCAGAACUACCAAAAUUUCACUUUUAUAUAUUAUGUUACAGAAUGUGAAGCAUAAUAGGUGGUCUUGAAUGUCUUGUAAAUUAUUAAUUUUUUUAUCAGUAGUUUAGGGAGCUGUAACAUAUAACAUUUUACCUUUUUGGUGUCAACUGAUAUAUGCCAAGAUGAGAGGUGUCAAUUUUUGGACUCUAUACACACUGUUGUUUUGGAUGCAUAAUUCUGUGUUUGCCAAAGAAGGACUUCUGUUGAUUUAAAAGUAAAGGCAAACAUAAUUGCUCAGAGUAGACUAAAAUCUAUGUCCCUUCUGAGCCACUUUAAGUUGUUUUAUAUUUACAUGUUAUCUAACAAAACGGUUCAACACAUAUUUAUUUGUGUAUUUUUUAUCUAACCCAAAAAUUUGUCACAUUUUCACUGUACUCAGAUUUUAGUCGCAAUUAUGACUGUAUUUAGGGACAUAUUUGUAAAUUAUUUGUACUUUUAUAAGGCAUUCAAAUAUUAUAUUUUUCUUGCUGCUCAACAUUUUACUUAUCCAAACAAAUAUGAGAAGUGUUAUUUUCAUGUUAUAUAGAAAAUAUUCACCUGGUGCAUUUCUACAUAAUAAUAUUUAGUAGAUGCAUUAUGAAAUGAAAUCUGCAUCUUCUAGGUAAAAGACCAUUAAUCUAAAUUUGAUUCUUAUGCUUAUACAACCUAAGUAAGUGUAUUUUCAUGUUGGGUACAGUCACAGUAUAUUUUGUUUGAUCUCUUUCCUUUUGUAAAUUAUGCUGGACAUGGUUUUCAGGCACCCCAAAAGUUGCAUUAAUUGUAUGAAAUAUUCAUGUUUUUUUUUUUGUUUUGUUUUGUCAAAAGAUGCCCAUUGAGUGGGACACAUAAUUUUUAACAUAUGUAAUAUCAUAUUCGUAAUAUAUUGUUUAGUAAAAUUAAAUUUUAUGAAAGAUAAUUUAGAAAACUUUGUUGAAAUACUUCACUUCAAUCUGAGGAUCUUUUGUCUAUUUCCUUUUUUCAUCACUGACCAUUCAUAAAGGGCAUGCAGUUACUUAAAAAAGUGCAUAUUCACAUUUUAGAUGUUGAGUUAGAGCUGUCUGGCACCAGCAUAUCUAAAUGAAUUUUCUAAACGGAAUGAAAUACCAUCUCUGUUGAAGAAAAUUUGCUUUCCCCAUUUCUUUUUAUAUGUAAGCUUUGUCAGUAAUGGUAACUUUGAAGUGCUAAAAUUGGGUUGUCCAUAAGUAUACAAAUGAAGGCAAUGUGUUAAUGACUUAAAAAUCUUAAAUAAAUUUUCAUGUUGUGAA